GGAAUAAAAAUAAUAAUAAAGUUUUUUUAACCAUUAAAAUCAAUAAUGAAUAAACACAGCUGGGAUGAAGCUAUUCGCGCUUCGUCUGAUUUGGCAAGAACCUCCGCGGCUGCCGUAGACCGGAAGUGAGACAACAAACAUGGUGCUGGAGAAGAAAGCUUCCGCGCGGGUGGAGGCGGGCCAGCGGCGGGUUUUGGAUGAGGCCACCCGUCAGAGGAGGCUGACGAGGCAGCUGGAGGCUCUGGAGAAAGACAACUUCCAGGACGACCCCCUGUCCUCCCUCCCUCCCCCAGGUCCUACUGCCCGCCUGCCCGCCUUCAGUGAGACAGAAGAACCAGAGAAGAAGAAGAGGAAGACGAGGGGCGAUCACUUCAAGCAGCGUUUCAGGAAGAACUUCACCACCCUGCUGGAGGAGGAGAACCUGUCGGAGAAGCCGGAGCCGAACUACCUGUCUGCGGCGGCCCCGCCCUCCUCGCUGCCCCCCCGACACUUCUGCUGCGUCUGCGGUUUCCCCUCCCACUACACCUGCACCACCUGUGGGGGGCGCUACUGCAGCAGCAGGUGUCUGUGUACACACAGAGAGACCAGGUGUCUGAAGUGGACGCUGUAACUGCCGCCUGGUCGCCGUGGUGAUGAGGAGGAUGAGGAGGAUGAGGAUGGUGCUACCUGCUCUCUGAGACAGACAGACAGACAGACAGACAGACAGACAGACAGACUUUAUCAGCCUCUAUGACAGAACACUUCCCAUGAUGCCUUGCUUGACUUCCCUCCACUGAGCCGACGGCGUGCUGCAGGCGUCUUCUUCUUCUUCUUCUCUUCUUAAAGUAGAGGUUGGUCUCCUCAUCUGUGCAGCUACGGACGGUUAGCUUAGCAUAAAGACAGGAAGCUCCCAGCAGCUCUAAAGCUCUUUGUGGAUUCAACCAAUCAGAUCUGAGUGUGGAUGAAGGCGGACGUUCAGCCAGCCAAUCAGGGCCGAGAGGAGGCGGGGUUUAACACAUGCUCAACAGUUACUGGAUUAUCCCCCCCCCCCCCGCUUUUAUUAAAGACUCUGAUAUUCAACUCUU